AUGUCUUCAUUUGGUUCAUACAACUUCGGGGUCGAAUUGGAGCUCAUUGCUGAGCCGAAAAGAGUACGACACCCUCUAUUGCGUGCUGUCUACUACGAAGAAUUGGCGACAUCACUGAGAUAUGAUGGCGCCGAAGCAGAAGCAGACAAGCUCAAUCAGCGAUAUCGAAAACGUCCAGAACACUACGAUAAGUGGUGGAUUACAAAGGAUGGAUCGCUAGGGGAUCCUGAGCAUCCUUGCAUUCCGCUUGAGGCUGUCUCACCUAUACUCUCCACUGAUUACACUUGGGAGAACCAGGUGGAUGUUUUCUGGAACUCAUGGGACCGUGUAUUCCAUAUGCCAGAAUCAUCUAUUGCUUGCGGAAGCCAUAUUCAUGUGUCACCAUCACCAGAGAUGGAAUUUGACCUGAACCAGCUUCGCAAUAUUGCUUUUGGUAUCGUCUACUAUGAGCCUCUGGUCAUUCGCCUGCUUCCAUACCAUCGACAGAACAACAAGUACUGCAGACCUAACACGCUACGAUCUGGACCAUUAUAUGACCUCAUGUCAAGUUUCCACGAAGAAGCAGCACUCAGAGAACUAUGGGACGCGCUCGGCGACGGCGUUGACGAAGAAGACAUCAGAGACCUUAUGCAAUCUGGCCCGGAGCCGAAGCAGGAGAGAUACGUCCUCUGGAAUUUUGACAACAUCUUCGGGGGAGGCUCCGGUAGCAUCGAAUUUCGAGGAGGCCCAGGUUUGAGAGGCCCGGUUAAGACGAAGAGGUGGAUAUCAUUUGUUGUCUCUUUCAUCCACAUGUGCACAAAUUUGGAUGUCGCAUCAUGGAGCCACUACACAAGACCAAGUAUGGACAGAUUCUGGAGAGAUUUGCGUAGGUCUGCGCAAGCUGUCAGUGUUAAAGAGAACCUUCCAUCCGACUGGAGAGUCAUGGCAGGGCUGGUAAGCGGCAAUUCUUACGAAGAGUCUGUUCUUGAUGAUUUUAGCGACUCAGGCUACGGUGAUGACUCAUCUAUCAUGGGCAAAUCUGACUCUGAAUAUUCCGACUCUGAGUAUAGCGAUGGGGAAUAUGAAGCCCUGCAGCAGGAGUUAAUCCGGGAGAGAGAACAUCGUUGCACAAUUCUCUAG